CAGUAACAGGUUAUGUUUUUUAUCGGUUGAAAAUAGACAAUAAACACAGAUUAUUUUUAUGAAUAUUUUUAUUUCCCAAAAAUGGGAACACAAUUUCGAAAAAUUAUCGCCAGAAAAUUAUUCGAAGCCGUUGACAAUGGUAAAUUGAAUCCGGUCGAUUUUUCAAAUAGAGUUAUCCCCAGUCUACAAUUGAAAUUCGGUGGACAUUCACAUUUUCAAAUCAGUAUAAAAGCCAUUCAACGUUGCCUUGGUGGUGAAGAUUCGGUUAGCGCUUCUGACCUAGUAUCAAAGCUCUUAUCAACAAAUUACAAUGAUUCGCCGUCGAUUGCAUCAGUUUCUAAUCAAGAGAAAAAUCUAAUUUUUCAUUUGAAUCAAGCUGAAUUUAUUGGUGGAAUUUUAAAUUGCACCGAAAACCCCUCCGAUUACAAACUGAUCGAUGAACAAAGAGAGGAUGUAGUUGUUGAAUUCAGUUCACCAAAUAUCGCAAAACCAUUUCACAUUGGCCAUUUGAGAUCGACGAUUAUUGGAAAUUUUCUGUCCAAUAUUUUUACAGCUUACGGUCACAAUGUUACACGCAUCAACUAUUUGGGAGAUUGGGGCACUCAAUUUGGCUAUUUAAAACUUGGAAUGGAAAUGUCUGGUUUGUCGGACGAAGAAGUGGCUAAAGAUCCAAUAAAGCUUUUAUUUCAUGCAUAUGUUGCGGCAAAUCGUAAGGCAGAAUCGGAUCCGGAAUUUGCAGUGCAAGCUAGAAAAGUAUUUUGUCAAAUGGAAAAUGGUGAAUUACCCGAUUUGGAUGCAUGGCAAAAAUAUCGCGAGUACACUGUACAUGAAAUGGAACAACUUUAUGGACGAUUGGGCGUGAAAUUCGAUGCAUAUGAAUGGGAAUCGGACUAUCGAAAAGUAAAUAUUUUAAAGCAAUUAGAGUCGUUGAGAAAUUCAGGAUUUCUACAAAUCGAAAACGAUGGCAAAGAAACGUUUGUAUUGGACGAAGAAACACGAAGGCCGUUGCUUAAAAGUGAUGGUAGCACACUUUAUUUGACCAGGGACGUUGCUGCGGUUAUCGAUCGUCAGAAGAGAUACAAAUUUCAUCGAAUGUACUACGUCGCUGGUAAUGAACAACAUCACCAUUUUGACAGUCUCUUUAAAAUUGCUAAGAAAAUUGGCGUUCGAAAUGCUGACAAAUUGUAUCACGUAAAAUUCGGAAAAGUUGAGAAAAUGAGCACGAGAAAAGGGAAUGUGGUAUUUUUGAGCGAUAUUUUGGACGAAAUACAAGAUCGCAUGCACGACAAACAAGUUAACUCUCCCAAUACGAAAAUUGAUUUGGAUUUCGAUGAGAAAAAAACCGCUGAUUUUCAAGGUGUUGCUGCUUUAAUUGCAUACGAAUUGCAACGCAUGCCAACAGCAAGCUAUGAAUUUAAUAUGGACGAUAUUGUUAAAGACGCAACCACAAGUGCAAAGAAUUUUCAAAUGACGUAUAGUCGACUCUGUAGCCUAGAAUCCAAUACAGGAAUUCAAGCGGCCAGUGUAUAUAAUCACGAAUACUUACUUGAGCCAGAGGCUGUACAGCUAGCAUUAGAUAUAGCAAGAUUACCUGAUGUUCUUUAUGAUGCAAAACGAAUGUUAGGUGCACAUCGUCUGCUCAAUUACAUGUACUCUUUGAACACACGGACGAAGAAAGCACUUAAUAUAUUGAUGGUUAAAGGAGACAAUAAUCCAGAUCGCCAGGCUCAGCGAAUGUUAUUGUUUAGAUCAGCCAAAAAUGCGUUGAAAUCUUGUAUGAAAUUGAUCAGUGUGACACCUUUAGAAAAAGUGUAAAAAUAAAUUUAUGAUAAUUAUGUUCCUUCAUAAAAGAAUUACUAGUCGAAUAAAAAUAUGAAUU